GAAAGAAUAUUGUCGGUAUUUUUUUUGAUAAGGACGGUAAGGUAGGACCGUAAGCUUAGCGUAGGGCGGGAAGAGUAAGAAAGGGCUGUGGAAUCAAUCAUCCUUAUUGUCGUCGUCGUCGUCGUCGUCUGCUCGUCGGAAGCUAUGGCUAACGUCUCUGCAAUUUUCAUUUACCCGAUCAAAUCAUGCGGCGGUAUUUCAGUUCCCCAAGCACCUCUUACCCCUACUGGAUUUCGAUGGGACCGUCAAUGGUUGGUUGUGAACUAUAAAGGAAGGGCAUACACUCAGAGAGUUGAACCUAAGCUUUCUCUGGUCGAGGUGGAGCUGUCGAAGGAUGCAUUCUUGGAAGAUUGGAAGCCGUCUGAUACCUCGUUUCUUGUCAUAAAAGCACCUGGAAUGGAUGUCUUAAAGGUUCCCCUGCGUGAACCGCCGGAGAAUACAGAUGGUGUCUCUGUUUGGGAAUGGUCUGGCUCUGCACUGGAUGAGGGAGACGCUCCAUCAAAGUGGUUUUCAGAUUUUCUUGGAAAACCCAGUCGGUUGGUUCGCUUUAAUGCAGCUUCACAGACAAGGAAAGUGAAUGCCAACUAUGGUCCUGGACACCAAAUCAUGUUUUCUGACGAGUUUCCGUACAUGCUGAUAUCUCAGGGAUCUUUGGAUGCCUUGAAUGAAGUGCUCAAAGAACCCGUAUCAAUUAACCGCUUUAGACCCAACAUUCUUGUUGAUGGCUGUGAACCAUUCUCCGAGGAUUUGUGGACUGAAAUCGGAAUAGACAAGUUCAUAUUUCAGUGUGUUAGGCUAUGCGCCCGCUGCAAGGUACCUUCAAUAAACCAAGAGACUGGAAUUGCAGGACCUGAGCCGAAUGAAACACUGAAGAAAAUCAGGUCCGACACAGUCCUGCGUCCAAAGCAUGCACAGAAGGGACAAAUUUUCUUUGGCCAGAACUUGGUGUGGAAAAAUUUAGCAACUGAAGGGAAGGGAAAAAUCAUAAAAGUGGGAGAUAAAGUCAACAUACUGGGAAAGGUUUCCUCUGUAGCGGAAGCAGUCGCCUGAAUACCGUAAGCUUAUGAAUUAUAAAAUAAAUAUCUGGAAGAUUUCUGGGUAAAAGUAGUGUAGUAGCCAAAUAUGAAGAAAGUAAAUAGGAUGCUACUUGUUUGUAUCCCAGUGUUUCCUCUGAGACUCAUGACACUAAAAUAUAAAUAUGAUCUCCAUGAAUAAAAGGGGGUACGAAUUGCAUCUA